AUGGAACAAACAUUACAAACAUUACAACCAACUAGUUGCCAAGGCACCCUGCAAUCUACAAGUGUUAAGGGACAUCACCUGGAUGCGACUGAUGAAGGUGUUUUAGUGCUCAAGGGCCAUACGCACCGUGUGGUGUGCAUAGCGUGGAGCCCACAUGUAACUGGUCGUCUCGCAUCCGCUUCGUUCGACCAGACCGUACAGAUAUGGGACGUGCUCACAGAGACGGCCCUCUGCAACUAUAGAGGGCAUUUAAGCCGUGUGUAUUCAGUUGCCUUCAGCCUGACAAACGCCGAUGUUUGCAUCAGCGGUUCCGCAGACCAGACCGUAAGAGUAUGGCAUGUCAGUGCGCAAGCGCAUAAGCGGCCCCCAUCCAAAGCGCAAAAAAAAGGUACCGGUCCUGCACUUAAGUUGAAGAAGUCGGGCCCUGGUGAAGUUAAUAACCUAGAGACCGAUAUAGCCUCAAGCCGAGCGAUGGCACACCCUCACACCAACGGCACCAAGUUGGCCAGUGUCACCCACUCUGGUUCUUCGGAGGCGAUUGACAGUGGUCUCAACAAGAGUACGGGCAAGCGGAAGGAGCCUGUAGAUGGCCCCUCGGCUGAGAAUGCGAGCCUUAAACGACAGUGUACGGCCGAGACCCGGGUUGAGAGCAGGGAUAAAGACCGAGAUGGGAGUAUUCCAGAGAGUGACAUGCUACGCAUGAGUCAAAUGAGUACGGGCAGUAACGUACAGGACGGGCCAACACACGCUCAAACGCGCCCACAUACGCAGCCUAAAAGGCCCAAACUGAAAACCCUCUUGCGUUCAUGCAAUCUGGUGGAUGGACACAACGGCGUGAUGGUGGAGACUUGUGAGGACUUGAUCUUCACGUACCUGCACAAGAAAAUGCGAGCGAGGGCUGGCACCAACUACCACACAUCCGGGCCGAGGUCAGGAAGUGGGUGUGGGUGUAAGUGCGAGCGAGGCGCACAGACUGAUAAUGGGCACCUGGAUGUGCAGUCUAGUGACACACCACAAUCUACGGCUGAAAGUGAUAGAGGAGUGCAAAAAGGAGUGCAUAGAAGCGUGUCAGAUAAUUUUUGUAAACGCUUGUUUCUGAAUACAUUUGCUGAGGGAACGUACACCAACGCACAGCUCACGAGAGGGCAGCGAAUAGCUAGUUUAAAGCACACUCGCGCGCCACUGCAUACACCACUACCACCGCCACAAAGGCCGUCAAACGGAACAGAUACAGUGCCCCUGACAAACACAAGGCUGCAUGCUGAUACAAAUACACGAAUGGAUUCACACACGGAGACACCCGCACCGACACCGCAACCACGGAGAGCCAGUGAUGUGGUAUAUAUGGUGGGGAACCGCGCGUCGAUUCGUCAGCGCUUAGAGAGUGAGAUAGACGACCUACAGAAGACACACACACACACAAAGCCAAAUACGGGUGGGAACGAGAAUGCGAAUACAGACACAGGUAAUCGUGCCACGAAUUUGGCUUCCCAAUCCGAAUUAAUGUUUGAGAAUCGGGAUGGUAGCCUGAAUUCGGGAUUUUUUGAGUCUUCGAGUGUGGAAAAGGACAGGACCGGGAUGCACUUGAGAGCCUUUUUGGGCGUGUAUGCCGCACCUGACGUGCUUGUUGGGAUACGAACGGGAACUCUUGAGACACCCCUUGAUGACUUUCAGGUUUCCAUGGCUAUGGGGUACGGGCGUGACACGUGGGUGCGUGUGUGUAAGGCAUACGCACAGCAGUUAGUCAGGGACAAGCAUGUGCACAAGGCUGUCUCAUACUUGCUGCUCGCUGGAGAGGUGGUGGAAGCUGUCAAGGUGUACCAAAAGUGCCGUCUAUACCGUGACGCAUUCCUUCUCGGUCGGCUCCGGCUUCUGCCCACACACCCCCAACUGCAAGAGGUGCUUACAGAUUGGUCCGCUCAGUGUGUCACCAAACAGCAAUUCGCACAGGCGGCGAAGUGCGAGAUACUGCUAGGGAACACACGCACAGCAGCCGUGUACUUGUCUCAGUUUGGUGCGGGUCAAUACGGGGCCGCGCUGUUGUUGUGUGACCAAUUUCCGGAAGCUGGUCACAUCCUGAAGCGUACUGAAAUCGUCGAGGAUGCAAUUGAUUCAGACAAGAUCAUGUGCGUAUGCACAAGCGCGUUGGCGAGAGAAAUCAAGGCGAGGGAGUGGGAACGUGCACGUGUUCUAAUGGAUAGAUACAUGUACUGUGACCAAUGCAUCGACCAUUCCGUCGAAGCAAUUGGUGCUACUGAGGGGAUGUCUGGGGAUCAUUCUCAUGUUCCCGCGCAUACCCACAAGGCAGAAGUGCACACCGCUGUGAGCGAAACGGAUAGCAAAGAGGAACUCCCGAAAGGCGACGCACAGCAGGUAGUAGAGUGCACGCUGCACGAUGGUGUACGCAGUUUAUAUCCAGACGCUCACACAGGACCCAUCGACAUGGUGGAUGCAGCCUUAAAGAGUUCUGGCAGUGAUAAGUCGGACACGCGUCUAUCUCAGCCGGCAUCGAACAGCGCUUCAGAUAAAAGCUCAACCGUAGAGGCUGGGGGAACUGCAACGACCAAGCUACUGAGAGGUGAUAGUGUAGAUACUGCAGUCAACAAAUCGGAUACAUCUGUGGGGAAGUCAGAGACAGAUGAAUCCGUAUGUGAAAAGAUAGAUCGAAGCAUGACAACUAACCACAAUAUGAGUGAUGGUUGCAAGUCUUUACGCUCAAUCCUUGCACCGUAUAGCGCACUGUUGUGCACUGCUCAAUGGCUAGCUAUGUACGACGUACCCGUGGAUGGUCAUGCGGCUCACAACCGGCUGUUUCAGAAUCCUGCGAGGAAUCACGAGAGCCUCCACUUCUCUGAAAUUGAAACAGGGCAGACGAAUGUGAGUACAUGUACGUGCGCAAGUAUCGCUGGACGUAUGCGUGCUUGUGUGUGUGGGCACGGGACCAAUAUUCCCGGCAACAGGUUUCUCGGACGAUUGAUAGACGCACAUAUAGUGCUUCUUCAACACCAAUGUAGUCCCCAAAGCACCCUGCAAAAGUCUGAUAGUUCAGCCGUAGAAGUUCGUAGUCACAGUCUGAGUGCUUUGGCUAUGCAAUUGUCAGAGAUACUUGAGGCGCUGACCGCGGAUGGAGUUAUAUGUGAUGAUAUGGAACUGUUAGAGGUCACGCGUAAACAGGAGAAGUGCGUACUGGGGGAGAAAUUGUCAAGCACAUCCCACGCCCCAAGUGAGUAUCAGGGUGAUAACUUAAUUCACACGGGUGAUUCCAAGGUGCUUCCAAACAAUACAAAAGUCUCGGGAACGAAUUUUGACACUACCUCCAACUCGAGAGAUGGGAAGGCGGCCCUGCCAUUACAGGCGCAGGUGCAGACGAAGGACUUGCAACAACAUACCUUGCUGCUGCAAAAUGAUACUCCGCUCGUUGCGAUGGUAACACUAGGUGUAUUGCAGUUCAUAGGCGGCAGCGAACGAUUUGUACACACUUGGUCACAACUGUUAAUGAAGAACACGCGGAUAACUCCCGAUUCGUUACUUAUUAUGCUGGAUAGCGAGGCGCCAGAGCGCAUGAGAACAGAUGUUCACGUCGGAGCCAGAGGAGGCAUGGACAAUCUGAAUACUGUAGAGGUUGACGAGUCUAGUUGUGAACCCGGUACACGUGAGAUGAAAUCUGUGAGACAUACGAUUUUAACAAAUCUAUUGUUGGGUGCUGAGACGGUAAAGUUUUUGAGAUGGCUGAGGGUAAAAAUCGGCGAAAAGGGAUAAUCUAGGGCUUGCGGAAGAACGAGUGAGCACCUGUAAAUAGCGAACUGAAAUUCGAAUAUCUAAAGCUAUACUAUCACGAUGCACUAUAAUCAGACAUACGUGGUAAAUGAUAAAGAUCGGUAGAUUCGCUUCAGGACAGUAAAUAGCUCCUGAAGUCCUGGACCGUCUUUGAAUAGCUACUAAAGCACUCCUGGUGGUGGCCUCUUGGCCGUCCUCAGAUUAUCUUGUGCAUCGUAUGCCAUAAUACAUGAACUGAUUAGCGUAGACAAAUUGUAAAACAUCCAACGUAAAUAGCGUUGAAUAAAUAUAUAACAUACAAC